CUGAACUUUCGUGAGGUUCAAUUACUGAGCAGCACCUGUCGUUUCCUCUGGGUGGAGUUGCAUAGGCGGGAUAACAUUUGGUGUGCUCAACUUGAGCACUUUCGACAGGACAUGACGAACUUACGUGGUGACGGGCAAUUGCUGAGUGUAGAGUUUUUAACUUCGUCGGCCUCCACGGCGUAUGAGCGUAUGAAGUUCGAACACAAGCUGUACGCCAUGGACGCACGGAGGGAGUGGCACUUCCGCGAACAAGAAGGGCCUGCCAGGUCUAGCAGCAUUUUUUCCUGUCCGCUUCUUUUUACCGAGGGUGAUAACGACGCUGGAGAUAAUGACCACGAUUUCUUGAGCGAUGAAGAGGUGUUGCCGCUGUCGCGAAUUCGCGUCCUGCGUCCGGCGCCGCGGAGGGCGCGUGACUCUACAUGCAACAGUACUGUUGUAGACGUUCACCGAUGUAACCACAAGAUGAGCCACCCCAAAGCUUCAAUCUACUCUCCAAGUGAGUACCUGACCCUUUGCGACAACAUCAAUCACGGAGACUUUAGUUGGUCCUUAACUGUUGUUCAAGACUGUACAGCUGACGAAGAUGAACUGUUGCUUUUCGCCCUACGACAGACGUUGCGCCGUGCCAAACGUCGUCCGACACACCGCUCUUUGGAAAAUGGGCUAAACACCUCUUCUCACCUCAUGUUGCGCCGCUUUAGUGGGACAUUGGUUGCCAUUUGCCGCUACGAGGCAGAACAAAUAUUUAGUUCUACUCUGCGUAUGCGCAAAAUCCUUGAUGACUUUGUCAUUUUUGGCGACCCUUCUUGGACCGGGACACACGACUCUGCUAGGCUGGUGCCAUUGUUGCAAACACGUUACUUCAUUGCCCCAGAGCUAUGUCAUGGCGGGCGCGUUGGGCUCAUCGUGGUUGACCCAGUGCGUGUCCUGGUGGUGGUGGGAAGUGAGUGUGUUACGCUCGAUGAUCCGCGGUGGGAUGACGCGUACGCAACGUCUUUGGAAGUAGGCCGCGCGCCACAAGGGAGUGGAAUGAACCCUCAGCCGCCGCGACGAGUUUAG